CUAGACAACUACACUGGAUGUGAAUGUCAGCUCUCAGAAAGGAGGGAGCUGUCAUACAGGGUGCAGGACAAAGCAUGGGAGGAAACUGGGAAAGACAACAAAAGCAUCCAAAGGGCCCACGGAUUCCUCGCAUUAGGGUCCCUUGCUCUGCCUCUGACACUUCAUUGCUGAAGGACCUAACCCGGGGGCAACAGCGCUACUUUUACAGCAUCCUGAGGAUUUACGACUCCAGGCCCCAGUGGGAGGCCCUGAAGAUGCGCUACAUUCACAGCCUGCAGCACCAGCAGCUGCUUGGCUAUAUUACUCAAAAAGAAGCCUUGUCUUGUGCUGCUGUACUUAGCGAUUCUACCAGGAGAGCUGCAGCCAAGGUAGCUUCUCCAAGAACCAUUCCCCAGAAGUCUUCAGCCCUGAGAAGAAAACGUCCAUCAGCCCGACCUGUGGCUCCACCCAGGGCCCAAAGUGCAGGAUACUGAGCGCUCAGAAACAGAGGCCCUGCAGAGUUUCUGAAAUGGGCAAAUUGCCCAGAUAUUCCUGGCGUUAGUAGG